AUGAAGGCCUGGAAGUCUCAGAGGGGUCUAAGGGAGGAGAUCUGGAGGCAGACAACGAUCUUGCAGUUUCAGGAUUUUGCUACACUAGUAGACAAAGCCACUGUAGCAGAAGAGAGUCUGUUGGAGGACACAGAAGUAAAGGUUCCAAAGAAGAGGACAGUGCCUCCCAGUUCUUCUUCUAGUGCAAGGAUGGAAUCUAGGGAUAUUACUACCAACGUUGGAGGCAGUAGUAGUGAGGGUGUUGGCCAUGAAGCUGGCAGUGACUCUACUAGUGUGCUAUGGGACUUCGCUCAACAACUUAUGGCUGAGUUUGUUCAGACGAAUAAAGGUCAAGAUCGUCCCUUUGCUGAGUUGGGAUGCUCCAUUGACCAGUUCACACAACUGAAACCUCCUGUCUUCGUGGGGAGUGCGGAUCUGAUUUGGGCUGAGAAUUGGAUCGAAGAGAUUGAGAAGAUUCUAGACGUCCUGAACUACACUAAGAAGCGGAAGGUAGCCUUUGCAACGUUCAAGCUUAUAGGUGAAGCAGAGAGGUGGUGGAAGUCAAUUAAGAUGCUUGAAGAUCAUCGACCUACUCCUAUGGUUCUGACGUGGGCUCGAUUCAAAGAUUUAUUCUUUGAACGGUAUUUUUCAGCCACGGUCAGAAAUGCCAAGAUGGAGGAAUUCAUAAGUCUAGAGCAGGGGCAGUUGUCAGUUCAACAGUAUGCUGCCAGAUUUCAGAAGCUAUCUCAAUUUGCUCCAUUCAUGAUUUCGGACGAGACAAAGAAGGCUUCGAAGUUUCAAAGGGGCCUGAAUAAGGAGAUCAGGAAGCAGACUGCGAUCUGGCAAAUGCAGGACUUUGUUACUCUAGUUGACAAAGCCACCAUAGUAGAGGAGAGUGUGCAAGAGGACCUUGAGGUUGAGACUCCGAAGAAGAGACCUGUGCCUUCCAUUUCUUAUGGAGGGGCAAAGCAGGGCAAUUGGAAGAAGAACAGUGGUGGUGUUUCUUAG